UAUCCGUAUCAGGAGCAGUCGGCUCGUUAUACUCUGCAUGAUGCCAAUUAAUAGAGGCGUACUUCCUAAAUCACUUUAGACUCUUGAAGUGGCCGGUGACAUAAAGCUCGAAACGCUACGGUUCAGCUUUUGUGGCGUUCCUGUUAGAAUGUGAUUGCGGUAAAAGCGUUGAGUAAGAUCUGCAUUUAAUGGAGGAAGAAGGGAAUAGCGAUGGACUUUCGGUAAAUGGCAGCCUGCAGACCCCAAUGCAACACGCUGAGGGUGCCUGCAGUGAUAUGAUUGAUGAAGGAUUGCCGGAGGAUUUGCCGUCUAUUAAAACGAGUGCGGUGGAUUUGCUGAGUGAUGGUCUCGUUUCUCACUACUUGCCUAACCUCCAGAGUUCGAAGCUUGCCCUACAGGAGCUCACGCAGAAUCAGGGGGUGUUGUUAGACACGCUUGACCAAGAAAUCUCCAAAUUCAAAGAGUGUAAUUCCAUUCUGGAUAUCAAUGCUCUCUUUUCAGAAGCAAAGCAUUACCACAACAAACUGGUCAGUAUUAGGAAAGAGAUGAUUAUGCUGCAUGACAAGACCUCAAAGUUAAAGAAAAGAGCUUUAAAGUUACAACAGAAGAAACAGGAAGAAAACCUUAAGCAGGAACAGCAGCGAGAGCGUGAAUUCGAAAGAGAGAAGCAAUUAACGGCAAAACCAGCAAAAAGGACAUGAAAGGCUUGGCACAGGGUUCCUGCUCUAAGGACGCAGGUGGAUGUGUGUUGGAGAACAGAUUUGCUUUACUUGCCCUGUACACUAUCCAUUUAAACUGACUUUGAAGCUGAUCCAUCCAGAUUUUAGGCUUUUUUUUUUUAUUCUUUUUUUUAACGCAUUACAAUUAAUUUGAAGUGGCCUUCACAAUAGAAGUUUCAGAUGAUGGGUUUAGUGUCUGGAAAUCCAAAGGUGACUCUAGGUUUAAGCAGAAUAACGAAUGCUCUUUAUAGAACAACGUUUGAAUGUGAUGCUUUAACACCUUCUUGUCCUGAAAGGGCCAUAACAUAGCCCCAUCAGUUUUAAUUAACGUCCUGAUGUAGUAUGGUUUUAUUUUAUUGCUGUGCAGAUACUAACUGCAGGCUUCACAACCAGAGGAAAAUUCUAAUUCGUG